AUGAUCAAUUCCAAUAAGGUGAUCAAGUCUGGUUUCCACCAGUCGCUAGCUAAUGACAGCGUUCCAUCUUUGGCACUUAGUCACCAGGAAUCCAUCCCCGAGAAGAGUUCUGGGACUCGGCUUUCUGCCCCAGCGCAACCUUCCGACGGGCCGACCUCCCCAGCAGAAUACAGCGGGCAAUUGUCGCAGCUCUACAAACAGAUCCUCCUUCUUAACAACGAUCUCACCUUCGAGCGGUACAUGAAGCAACAGCACAUGAUCCAUAUCGGCGAGCUCCGCAGGCGUCAGGUCCGAGAAGCCGCAACAGAGGCGGAAACUCAGAACCUCAUCAUGGCUAACCGGAAUCUGAAGCACCGGCUUGAAGACGCCAAAAAGGCCGAGAUGCAAGCCAAAAAGGAGUCUGAGAACCGGCGGACUCUCGCAAAGAAUUGGGAGAAGGAUCUUUCCGCGAAGCUCAAGACGCUGCGUGAGGAGCAAAAGAAAUGGACUACUGAAGGAGCAGCCCUCAAGCGCGAGCUAGAAGCGAAGAAGGAUGAGGCAGAGAGGCUCACGAAGAUUGUGUGUGAAUUCGAGACCAAGGAAUUGAACGCCAAGCAGAGUGUCCAGGUCGUCGACCAGAACGUAGCAGAGCAUGAGAGGCUGAAGGCGGAGGUGACGCGGCUCACAGUGUCCGAGCGGACUUACCAGGCAAAAGAGAAGCAGAUGGAGCUCGCCGUGGUAGAAGCAAAUGAGUCGUCUAGCCGGGCAGAGUUGCUGCAAAUGCAAUUAACGGCUCGCGAAUCCGAGCUCCAGCAGACAAAGGAGCUCUUUCAAUCACAGAUUGUGGUCCUCAACACGAAGCUCCAAGAAGCUUUGAAGAAUAGCCGGGCCAGCCGGAACAUUGACACCAGCACGAUGAUCGAGAAGGUGCUGGCUGACAGCCGAGCGAAGCAGUCCGAGCUGCAGAAGCAGUACAGCCUCCUAAUGAGGAAGUAUACGGUGCUGCAGUCGUCCCUUCUGGACAUGACUGCCAAUUCAAAUGUCCACCCGGGGCGCGGUGUUCAGAACACAGUUCGAAAAGAACGCAAGGAUAAGAAAAAGGAAGAGCCCGACAAGAAGGAUAAGAAAUCCUCGGGUAUUCAACGUAUAAGAGGCUUUGUAUGA